GUUGUGUGACGGCGCCACCUUCGAAGCGCUGCCGCCGGAGACCGUCCCCACACGGGGCAAGGCUGUACCGCUGCCGGGCUGGCGGGGCCCACGCCUGAAGAAUAAGAGAGCUGAGCACCGCAUUGGUUAACGGGCGUAAUUGACAGUUCUGAUCCUGCACGCCCGGUGGGUGCCGUCAUGCAGGAGAACUUCGGGUGCUCCGUCGCCAAUCGCUUCUGCCAGCUCCUGGACGACGAGUCGGACCCGUUCGAUGUCCUGCACGAGGCCGAGCGCCGCCAGCAGCAGAGGAAGAAGCGCGAUGAGGCGGCGGCCGUCGCCAAGAGAGCCGUGCCCGGCGGCUGGGCGGGCAGCGGCAAGAGGGAGACCCAGAAGGAGCGCAGGCAGCCAGAGAGCUCCCCUGCGGCGCCGCCGCAGCCAGGCCCAAAGCGAGUACCCAGGCAGGGAGAACAACAAGGGUUCAGUAACAGAGGCACAGAGGGGAAGCAGGACAAAACGGAAUGGAGACCAUCUUUCAGGGAAUACCGUCCCUAUGGAGCACAAAGACAAGUGGAAUUUUCAGUGGAACGACCAGUGGAAAGAUUAGACUAUGAAAGACCAAUAAGAGGCCGUGGUGGGGGAAGAGGCAGAAUGAGAGGCAGAGGAAGAGGUGGUGGAUUAAUUGGAAGUUUUGAUGGAUUUGACCAAAGAAGAAAACGUGAACCGGAAAGACAAAGUGGGAAUGAUAAAACUGGGAAGGAGCAGACUGCAUCUGUGGAGGAGACCGUGGAAACUCCUGAACAGCCAGGGACAUACGCAGGAGAGCCUCUGAGCAAAGCUGCUGAAGGAGAGCCAAUGGAAGAAGUGAUUCAAGAAAUGACAUUAGAUGAGUGGAAAAAUCUUCAGCAACGGAAUCGACCAAAGCCUGAAUUCAAUAUCCGGAAGCCAGAAUCCACUGUUCCUUCCAAAGCAGUGGUGAUUCACAAGUCAAAAUAUAGUGUCGAUUUGCAAAAAGAAGACUUUGAAGAUAAUUCUCAUGUCUUUCGAAAACCAGUGAAUGAUAUAACUUCUCAGCUGGAUAUUAAUUUUGGGAGUCUUCCUCGCCCUGGCCGUGGAUCAAGAGGAGCACGAGGUGGUCGUGGCAGAACACCUGAAGAGAGAGUACCUCGACCAGAAGUGCAGCUUGUUGCUCCAAAUCCUGAUGAUCCUGAGGAUUUUCCAGCGUUAGCUUGAGGACCCAUCCUGAAUGGUGGUAUCUCAAAGUUCCUUUGUAACUGUGAAGAGGCCCGUUCUAUGCUGAUGUGGAUUAAGGAAGCCAGUUUCCUUCUGGAAAGUUGUUUGAGUGUUUGGUGUGGAAUGAUUGCAUCUGUCUGCUAAUAGAGUUGUGUUCUGGAGAUACGGGUGGAUUUGGGAUCCUGUCACAGCCUCCAAUGUCUGCCUCCAUUUAGGAAACCUAUGGGAAGGCUUACAGUACUUCCCUACUUGGCUUCAAGUGAAGUUAAAGGGAAGAGUGUUUAAAAAUGUAUAUAUAGAGAUUAUAUCAAGUUUUCCAUGACACCAUGGUGAAAUAUAAACUGUACAACACAAUCCACAAUUGGGAGUCAAUUUCACUGUAUAUUUGAAAGUUGUUUCCUUUGAGUGAAGUGUAUAUUUCAGACAGUCAAAAGUUUCAGUUCAGAGUUUCACAAAUAAAGAAAAGUGCACAUUGGUUUGGGCUUGAGGUAUUAUUUUAAGAAGUCAGAGUGGUAGGUGGAAGCUUUUGCUAUUUGGAUAUAGUCUGUGGAAAAAAAAGUGGGGGAAAAAACCCAAACCCUAAACAGCAAUUUGUACUCAUCAAAAAAAGUGAACAUCUCUCUAAGUGGAAGUGAUCUUUAAAAUCAAGGCAGCAUAGGUGCUUUGAAUUGACACCCAACUAAGUCCUGCUUAAGCAACAAGAUAGUCUGCAAUUACUUUGAAGAUUAAGUAGAAUUUUAAUCUAGACAGAACUAAAUUAUUAAAGAAGUUUUUAAUUUUAGCAAGAGCAACUACAAACGAAAAUGCUAAAUGCCUUACCAAGAAAUUUGUGAUGUUGGGGAUGAGGUGCAAUGUUCUUUCAUUGCAGCUUUAACAUACUUGAGCCAGAUUUUCUGUUCCCUGUCCAAGGGGACAUUGAGAGCCAUUCUGGGGGAUAUGAGAGAAACAAGAAAAUGGUGCCAGAGGUGAUGACAGAAAGAAAUGAGUGGAAAAGCACACUGGGCAUUUUGGAAGUAGCUGUCAGCCUCACAAGAGUCUUCAAAUGCCUGCUCAACUUGAACACAUUCUUUAAAUUUUCUGGGAAAGCAGAUGACUGUAAACCUUCCAUGUUUUUCCAGUUCUGUGCCUCACUUCUAAGCAACUCUAAGCAGUCUCCUUUGAAAAUAAAUAAUGGAUGAAACUUAGAAGAAAAGUUUUUCUUUGGAGUAAGCUCUAAAAGUACGCACAAUCUUUGAAGACUUUGCUCACUGAUAAGGCUUUACUCAAAUAGGAUGUAGUCAUCCUACAAAGACUCUUUUCUGUAAGCUCCAAACAGAUGGUCUGCAGAGUAGGCAAGCCCAAGGGAUUUGUUUUUGCAUUGUUAAAUUACUUAUAUGACAAUGUGCUGUAACAUGAGAUUUUUUACUCUGCAAGAAGUUCAUUGUAGUGGCAUAGAGAUGCUCUGACUUGCAGUAGGAAGAAGUGCAAAAGCAAAGUUUUGGUGGUAGAGGAACCCAUGCUGCUGCUAUUUGAGUAACUGAACAGGAUGAAACAAUGCACACCUCCUUCACUUUGUAGUCACGAGGUGUUACUUGAAACCACUGCAGUUUAAGAUUUACCUGAUGCUGCCCUUUUUACAGGUGUUGUUUGUUUCUGAAAAAAAUGGCAAUUUAAUCAACGUGGAAUAUAAGUGAUUUUGUCUGUGGGGUAGUUGGAAUAUUUUGCUUGCUCUUCCCUUCUUGUUCCUAUUUUCCCAUUGGACAAGGAAGAAUGUGUCAAUUUUUAUUUAUAUUUUUACUUGCUGGGGUGAGUGAAUGCAUAGAGAUGAGAAGAGCUUGGCAGAGCUUCCUUCUAUUUCCUGUCAUGUUUUGAAUAUAGCCUUCUUUUCCACUGACCUGUUUUUGCUAAGGAAAGUGUUCAUAUAAGUAACCCUCCCUUUCUCUACUAAAAAUUAAAUCUUUGCUAUGCUGUGCUACUGGGCUCAAUCUGCUGUGAUGCAUUCAGUUUUGUUCUGACUGUUCUCUGAGAAAGCCAAGAGAAUUGUUUAUUUUUCAAUCUCCUUCCUGCUGUUGCAAAGUUACUGUUCUUCUAACUUUGAUCUGCCUUUCAAAACAGAAUGACAAAUAGGUUCUUUGGGGAAUGCUUUGAAGGACUUGUCAGUUUUGGUUAGCGGGUUGUAAACUCCUGGUUAAAAGGAGAAAAGGCUGGUUACAAGACUGUUUAAUUAAAAACCGUACAAACCAACCAACCAAAACUAAAAAAUACAACCCAUCCAAAACUUUGUGAGAAUGAGAUUCAGUGUAAUUGAUUACUGCUUCAACCAGUUAGAGCAUGUAUGUAUGGCAAUUUUAUUUUUCAGUUUGUCAGACUUGAAUAUGGCUUAAGAGUUUCUCUAGUUGAUGGUAUAUCAAAGUAUAGAAAAGAAAUUAAUUGUAAGUGAUGACAGUGAAUGCAAUUUCUUUGCCUAGCUGUGAGAACUGUAAAUCUCAGUCAUCUGUCAUAUUUAAGGUACCAAAAUAGCUGUAUCUGUUAAGCACAGAUUUGCUGCUAUCACUCCUGGUUUAGCUUUAUUCCUUCAUGUAAAGCAGUUGGCAGCAGGUGUAAAUAUAUAUACAAACACUAGUAGAAUACGGCAUACAUACUAAGAAGGGAUUAAAUUGUGUUGCAGGUCUUAGUCAUGUUAUUCUUUAAUGCACUGCUACCAGUUACUCUUUGGAUUAAUGUAGUGAGUGGCCUAGGAAAAACCGCUGCAUUUCAGGUUUAAGUUUUAGAUUCAUGUUAUGUUGCAGAAAGUUUGCAAAGAAAGGAAUUCACCUCUUCAUUACUGUCAUUACAUAUGAUAAUGUUGAUAUGAUGUUGUUCAGUUGAAUCAUAUGCAGUAGUACAGUUCAGGAGUGGCAAGUGUAUAUUAAUAUAAAAGUGCCUUUAGAAGAAAGUGGAGAGAAAUGUCUGUGCUUAAGAUAAGAAUACCAAAGAAUUAAUUAAGAGACUAAGAGGUAAAAGCCUUGAGUUUAUGAAUAGGAAUACUGGCCAUUUGAGCCCAUAAGAAAUGAGCUUUCAGCUGGUUACACUUUUUUUUGGUAUGAAAAUGGGCCUUGGGGUAAAAGUAUUGGGCCCAAAUUCAGAAUCUGUACCUCUAGCACACUUAUACCAUUAAGAUUAAGAAUAUUCUUGUAUUAUUCCUAGAGCUUUUUUUUCCUAGAGCUGUCACAGGCACAUACACACAUUUUCUUAUGAAAAACUGAAUAUAUCUGUGUAUAUACACACACACAGACAUAUAUAUACAUGUACAUGCAGUGUUGGAAGUAAUACAAUGCUGACUCAUUAUCAGUGGAUCAAUAGUUGAAUGUGAAAAAUGAUUCUUUGCAUAAAAAUACAUUUCAAUCACUGAAUAUUUGGCACAAAAUCAGAGCUUUUUCUCUUUGAGUAGCAUAUGCUGAGCAAGUACUGAACAGUUUGUGCUUGGAGGGAGGUAGCCUUCAGUCUUUGCAGGAAGCAACAACUGUUACACUUUGGCUGUGUUGCUUAGAAUUUAACUUGAAAUACAUUUUAUCUUCAGCUUUUUGUUUCUUUAUUUUUAUUUCUCAGCAAAUGCCUUUUUGAAUUUGUGAUACAAGUGUUGCAGAUAGCUGUAUCUUCAGCGCAGCCUCAGAUACUGCAUCACAUUUAACGACUGUUGGAGAUGAACCAGUGCUAAGUAAAUUGAAUUAAAUUUCUGCUCUCCCUGUUUAGGUAACUAAACUAGUUACUAGUAAAAAUGACAAGUGUGGCUGUUCAUAAUCUGUGUUCUGUUGUCUCUACAAUGUUUCACAGCUAGUUAACAGGACUCAUUAAGCUGUUACUUGCUUUUAGCAAUAGUAUUUCUUCUGUUGAGAUUUGUACAGUAGUUACUGUUUGAGCGAAAGAUACUGAAUUGUGUACUGGAAUUAAGUCAGCGGGAUAAUUCUGCUAAAGCAUAAAAAUAACAGCAAGGUACAAAAUUUUUUUCUCAUGCCAGAAGAAAAUAAUAAGCUGACACAUUCUGAUUCAGAAAUUCUGUACAUGUUAGUUGUUUGAUUAUAUUUCAGUUGCUUAUGGAUUGAGUACUUCUUUCUGGAGUUUUUGCUAGCUCUAGCAAAGGCUUGGAACCUUAGAGGGUAUUGUAGGAAAAGAAAAACCCAAUGAAACUGCCACUGGAGUGAAAGAAUACCAGAGGCUAGAAAGGUUUGAUCAGUGUGAAGAAGAGAUGGAACUCUUUAAAAUAGGUAUGAUGCUGGUGCGAAGAGACGGACAAAAAGCACCUAGAAGCAUGAAAGCAGGACAAAUAUAAUGUGUUUUAGGUACUGAACUAGAGAUUCAGUCCAGUGAGCAUGCCAUUUUGGGAAGAAUGGUGAAAGAUCAACCUAGAUUACUAGUAAACAUGAACUCAGGAAGAAAUACAAGAAUAUCUAGAGAAAAGUUGUUUUCAGAAGAGUGAUAAUGAAGAGCUUGAGCUCUUCCACUGAGCAGAAAACAAUGUAAUUAUUCUGCUAUCUUAAAAGAAUGGCAUCAAAGCACUGACAGAGGCAAAAGCAAGCUCAUAAGGGUAAGAAGUGACGUUUCAUUAUUUACCCUCCUACUAUUGGCAUCACUCUUGCUUUGGAUUUUCUUGCAUUAGUAAUAGCUGCUAUCAGGGGUCUGUUCCCAUUGUGCUGUCAGAGUACAAAGCCUUUGGGGUUUGCGGCUUUAUCCUGUUAGUGCUGUAACUGAGCUGCAGCAACUGGCAUGGUUGGAGGUGCUAGUGGCACAGAAGAGCUUUUCAUCUGCUGCUAUGCUCUUAUGCAGCAGGGCCACCACAUGCUGGGUUGAGGAAUCAAGAACACCAGUGGCUGCUUGGCCUCUCUGGAAUCUUCAUCAGCCUUGAGAACUAGGACAGACUUUGAUAGAAGGGACAUGAAUGGAGUUGUUUAAAGGACAGACUUUCUAGGUGCGUUCUUUCACCCCCUUUGUGACAGUCCAGCACUUAACAAGGCUCUUGGAAAUACCCCAUGGAUGGAGGGUGCAUGUUUAAUACCAGAUUUACUUACUUGAAGAUGGUUCAUGUCACAUGGCAUUUCUAGUUUGGAGUGAUACAAAGUAUACCAAAAACAUAAAAAUGUAAUAUUAUAAUUAAUGUAGCAAUUGCAGAACACAGAUCCUUCACAAUACCAGGGUGACUCCCUUUAUUGGUCCUUAGGAAAUACGUCCUCACUGUCAUCAUGUGAGGUGUCCUCAGGUGUCGAGAAGGAAUGGGGAGAGUUGAUCAGUUAAAGCCCAUUGUUUUCUUUGAAAUUGUUAUGGCAGUUGUCUGACUUUUAUUUCUAUGUAUAUAUUCUCCCCAUUCUGGCCUGGUCUUCAUUCUUGCUGAAAAAGUACUGGUUGAUCCACCUAAACUUUGAUAGCCAUUUAUCCAAAACAAAGGCCACCCCGUGUUCCUUCUGAGUUGAGGUAAAGUCAUCUUUAUAACUGCUCUGGUUCAUCUUUUCCUGAGCUUCAAAAGCACAUCACCUUUUUCUGUGUUCUCUUGACCUUAUUCCAUAUUUAGGACUUGUCACAUCCAUAUGAAACCAAUCCCAGAACCAGAAGUGCAAGAAAAAUACAUUUCUUCCUCAACAAACCCUUGGUGAGGUAGGUUUAAAGCACAGCUUCUCUCUGAAACUAUGCUCAGAUUUCAUGUAUAACAGGGCAUCCUUUUGCUAUAUCAUGUUUUUGUCUACUCCUAUAUAGGCAGUGUAGAAAUUGCAAUGCAAAGGAGGCUAAAUAGAUCCAAAUUCAAGUUACUCAGAACUACUGUGAACAGAUUAUUCUUGCAUUGACUUUUCAAUGGAUUGGGCCACUGUUCAGUUUUGCUCUGUGGGAUUCUUUCUGUCCUCUGCCCUCCCCUGCCCAGUGCCAGUGCUCCUUUAAUUGCUAAUGAUGUGAAAGGGCUUAACUGUGUUUUCCCAUGUCACAUGCAUAAAUUGGUGUUCUCCGCCAUUCACUCUUCAUCAGGGAGCUUGUUUGUCAGGAAAAGGUGCUUUAAAUUCAUGUGAAUUUGGAAAGGAUCACCUUACAACAAAAGAACACAGAUUUUCCAACUAUAAAACUCUACCUUUGAGGCAAGCAGAAGUUUACUUGCUUGUCAAAUAGGCUCAAAUUGGUGUGUGCAAAUUCUGCAUUUUCUAAUGUAGGUAAGGUAAAGGUGAUAAGUAUUUCAGUUGAUAGCUAUUUUUUGCUAUUGGAUAUUCUUUAAAAGGACUAAGCUAGGCCAUCAUCCAUGCUCGUGCAAAAAUCAGUGUACCUAAAAAUUUAAUUCUUUUGGGAAGCCUUCACUGUUGUGGUAAGUAUAAAAGCAUAGAGUAUUUAAGAUAAUGCUUGUUUCUAAAAAUUAAUACUAUAUAAUCAUAGAGGAAGGAGAAAUAACGACUAAAAUCCUAUUGAUAUGUUUUACUGUGCUUUUUUCACUGUGUAACUGUAUCCCAGCAAUUCAAAUGCAGGUAUUUUUUUCCAAUGCGAAUUCCUGGAAAUGUAGAGCCAGAAUAUUUCUAUUUUUUAAAUAUGUGAUAAAAAUGUGUUUUAAGAAUCUCUGCUUUAAUUAAAGAUUUUCAGGCA